AUGGCCUUGUAUCCGAUUGAAGAACUUCCUCUCAGCGAUGCUCCCAUCGAUCGCGAACCCACCCCGGGUUCCCCACCCACCGAUGUCUACCAGCUGUUCCUGGCAGUCUACCACCGAGGCGAGCUCUCUAUUGGCGAAUACCGACAGCGCCUCGGCUAUUCCUCCUAUCACUGGGCUAUCCUCGUCUAUGAUGUGAAACACAAUCGCCACUAUGCCUACGAUGUGACUGACGGAUCCUCGCCGGACCCGGUGAUGCGACGCGACCUCAACCCGGACUACCAAUGGACCUACCGCGUCAAGACCAACGUCGACCCGGAGUCGUGCGACUCUCUUCUCAUCAGAAUGGCAAUCGGCGAAGUCCGCGACGGAAUCGGCCCGGAGACUAUCAAGCUCCUCCUUCAGUCUGUUCAGCUGCCGAUUAAGGGUGCUUUUCCUCCUCAGAACUGCGUCAGCUGGAUCAGGUCUGUUCUGUACAAGCUCCGGUUCCAUGGCUAUGCCCGUAACCUGCACGACAUUGAGAUGACUUUUGAUCGUGCUCUCGCUUAUGCCGAUAUUCGCUUGUCGGAUCCUGACAAUUCCAUCAGUGUUCUCGAUCACCUCGGUAAUCAUUUGCUUUACAGACCAUACCAGGCAUGA